UGUGGUGUCUUCUAGUUGUUUUUGCUCGUUGUGUUGUGUAUCGAAUUUUGCUAGAAAAUAUAAAAAGAAAACCAAAUUAAACAUGAGACACCUAUUCUUUUUUGUAUUUUUAUUAUGCUUAACAGGAACCUUGACGAAAAAGUAUUCAGAUGACGAAAAGCCUGCGUGGGCUAAGAAAGAUAUACGAGAUUUCAGUGAUGCUGACAUGGAGAGACUCUUCGACCAAUGGGAAGAAGAUGAAGAGCCACUCCCUGAAGAUGAACUGCCAGAGCAUUUACGGAAGCCGCCGCAACUGGAUUUGAAUAAAAUGGACAUGUCUAACCCAGAGGCAGUUCUUCAAGCUACCAAGAAGGGUCAAACUCUGAUGAUGUUUGUCUCUGUGGCAAAUAAACCAUCCCGUGCGCGGACAGAAGAGUUAACAAAGAUUUGGCAAGCUAGCCUGUGGAGCAAUCACAUUCAAGCUGAAAGGUAUCUAGUGGAUGAUGAUCGAGCAAUAUUCAUGUUCAAAGAUGGCUCUCAAGCAUGGACUGCUAAAGAAUUUCUGUUAGAGCAAGAUGAGCUGAAAGAAGUACAGCUAGAAAGUCAAGUCUUCCCGGGAAAGAAACCUGAUGUUAGAAACACUGCUGUUCGAGAUGAGCUAUAACCUUGAUCUGAAAAUAGUGAACAUUCCAUAGAAUCAAAUUGUAUAUAAAAAUAAGUGUUCAGUGUAACUUGCUUCACAAGUUUGUUCCAUUGUGACUGAGUCAUUGAUAUAAAAUGUGUUUUUUACAUUAAGGGGUAAAUGAAAUAAAUAAUUUUAUUUUAACUUUA